AUGUGGAAUGUAGGCUUAGAUUACCUGCUGGAACUGGAUGAAAUGGUUGAGGACCACCGGGCACGGUGGGCAGAGAGGGUAGCAGAGAAGCAGAGAAUGCGAGCUGACCAGAAUCCUUUUGAUAUGGAUAAUUAUGUAUUCAUUGAUCUAUUUCGCCUGACUCCUGACUCAACAAUGAAUAUUGUUGAAGAAUUGAGGCCGGACUUAGAGCGGCAAAGGUCUAGUGGUCUGUCAGUGGAACGGCUGGCUGUGACAGAAGCCCUCAAUAGGCACAUGCUACACCGACAUGCCAGGUUCCCAAUGACCCCAGAGGAGCGUCAUGCAGCAAAAUCCAAAUUUAUGAAUGCAAGGCAGCCCUUCCCUGGCACCCUAGGAGUCAUUGACUACACAUAUGUUAAUAUUAUAGCAGCUUGA